AUGAUACUUAAAUAUCGUUUAGCUGCUCUCAAGUCAAGACAAUGCAAGUUACCUGAAAACAAGCAAUUUUGUCCUGAAGCAUUUUUAAAUGUUGUGGCUGAGAAACUUACAUAUACCGCUGUGAUGUUUAUUCAAGUGGAAUUAUUAAAUGAAUUUUUCUUUCAAUUUCCAAGAGAAGUUGAUAAUCGUCUCAUUUAUGACUUGGAUCGAAAACAAAUAUUAUCUUUUGCAAAAGAAAAUCCUUACAUUUGCAAGCAUUUGGAAUUACAAGAAAGAAAACGUAAAUUAGAAGAGGUAAUGUAA